AUGCGCCCCUUAUGCCGAUGUAAUGCACGCAUGGUCACGCUUUGUAGCGGUGUGUUAGCGCUUCCGCGCCUGAUUCUGGGCAUCGAGAGCAGCUGCGACGACACGGGAGUGGGCAUCGUCUCCCCGGAUGGCCGUAUCUUGGGAGCCUCGUUAGCAGGGCAGGCAGCCAUCCACGCGGCCUGGGGCGGAGUGGUCCCCAACCUGGCCCAGGAGGCGCACGCCGCCGCCAUGGAGGGAUGCAUAGCCGAGGCCCUGGAUCAGGCCGGGGUGCGGCCCCAGGACUUGGCAGCCGUCGCCGUCACCGUCGGGCCCGGCCUCAGCCUGUGCCUCAAGGUGGGCGUGCGCGCCGCGCGCCAGCUGGCGGCCACGCACGGCCUGCCCCUGAUCCCGGUGCACCACAUGGAGGCACAUGCGCUCAUGGCGCGCAUGGGCUCCGGCGUGCGAUUCCCCUACCUCUGUGCGCUGGUGUCCGGGGGCCACAACCUUUUGACCUUGGUGCACGGCGUGGGGCGCUACACGCUGCUGGGCACCAGCCUGGACGAUGCCGCGGGCGAGGCCUACGACAAGGCCAACUGCAACUUCUCCUUUGCCGGCCUGAAGACGGCGGUGAGGGUGGCCGCCGGUCGCCACCUCCCCGCCGAGGGCCAGCCGCUCCGUGGGAAGGUCCAGGACGACCUGGCGGCAGGCUUCCAGCGGGCGGCCGUCCGGCACCUAGCCGAUCGCACGGCGCGCGCGGCGCAAUGGGCGGCGGCCUCCGACCCCGGCGUUCGCCACUUGGUGGUGUCAGGGGGUGUGGCGGCCAACGCCGCCGUGCGCGCCGCGCUUUCCGAUGUGGCGGCCCGCGCCGGGCUGGAGCUGCGGGACUGGGAGGACGUGAAGCCGCGAUGGCCGCUGACCGGGGAGCGCCACCCCAACAUGGCCGCGGAGGCUGCGCGCAGCGCCAAGAAGCAGCGCAUCUUCCCUAGCCUGACCCAGCUGGUGGCGGAGCAGGCCGCGAUGGAGGCGGCCCAGACCCCAUGA